AUGGGCUUGCUGACUGGCGUGAUCCCUGGGUUCGUCCCGAUCAGCCGGAUUGGAAUAGGAGGGAGGGGGGCGACCGCCGAUCUCUGUGACAUUCACAUCAAGGAACCGGUGGACACCAUCGUAGAGGGCAGUGGCGUCCAAAUAAUGCAAUCGAUCUUCAGGGACUAUGGGAAGCGCACCCGCUUCAGCGGCCAGGUAUCGACAGUGAAGUGCCACGAGAGCAACCCCCGCGUGCGCGCCGCGCUGGAGGAGGAGGGGCAGGGCCGCGUGCUGGUGGUGGACGCCGGCGGGUCCCAGCGCUGCGCCGUGCUGGGCGACAACCUGGCCGCCAUGGGCGCGCGCAAUGGCUGGGCGGGCGUGGUGGUCAACGGCUGCAUUCGCGACAGCGAGGACAUCGCCGGCAUGGAGAUCGGCGUCAAGGCCCUGAACACCCACCCGCUGAAGAGCUCCAAGCGCGACCCUGGCCUGCGGGACGUACCCGUGGUCGUGGCGGGAACCCUGGUCACGCCGGGGGACUGGCUGUACGCCGACCGGGACGGCAUCCUGGUGGCGCCCUACGAGCUCUCCAUGGAUGGGGACAAGUGA